CCCAGCUCCAGUCUGGUGGGGCCAGCCCCUGAGCAGAGAGCGUCGGGUAGAAACGGAGGCUCCGGGAAAUGGGACAGAUGUGCGUCCAGCCUGGGGGGACCCAGACCCCGGGGAUCUCUCAGCGUGACACUGGAUCCAGAGAGCUUGGCCUGGGGCGCAGGCCCCGCCAGGUCCCUCCUCACAGAGGGUAUCAGUCCACAGGUGUUAGUCACCGUGCGGGCUGUGAAUAAUGCCAGCUGACCUUUGCCAACAGCAGCACCCUCUGCUUCCCCCUAGGGCAGGCCCUGCCCCUCUUGGGAAGUUCUGCAAGGUGUGUCCUCGCCACCCUCCCCAAAGCCCCGCCAGGCUGAGCUGGUCUCAGUCACAGGGACUCGCUCAGGGGGUUAGACGCAAAGCGCCCUCUGGCAGGAGGAUGGGCUGGGAGUGCCCUGCUCCCCCGGAGCACCGGUGCGGGCACCUGCUGGCUCUGGCUGCGAGUCUCCUCCUCACCUGUGGGCCAGGACUGACACAGACAACUGCGAACAAGUCUAUUGCAGACACCAGAAAUGAGGCUACUUCAUCCACAAGUCUUCAAUCUUGGGAUCCAAACAACUUGGCAAAUACCCGGCGGACAACCAGUCUGUUCAUAAAAACAGUGCUUCCUCCUGGGAACACAGGACAACACAGGACAACCUCACAGGAUUCAAAAACAUCCCAUCACGUUCCCACUCCUGAAACAAAUGCCCAGCUAACAGAAACUGGCUUAGUGCCAGUUACAAGUACAACAGAAAGACUGAAAAACAGCCCAGAGACAAAACUGACACAGCGCAGUGCGCCCACACCCCGGGAUUCCAAAGAACCACACAUGAGUGGGGCGUCCACUGUGACUACAAAGACAAGUGCAAAGACCCCAAGUUCUGGAGCAGAUACCAAGACCAGGACUUCCGCAGGGGCACCUCUUUCCAAAGGAAGGGAUGCAGAGACGACAGUUCCCACAGGGUCCCGGACACAUUCACAUACACCAACCACACACCUUGGGAACAUGUCCUCUCACACGCCGUCCUUUGAAAGAAGCUCAACGGGAGAAGAAAGGAAAACCACAGGAGCUUUUGCAAAGGGGCUUCCAACCAAGGCCUCUUCUGCCCCCGCAGCUUCCACCCCAGGAAGAUCCACAUCCUCCUCACCUCGCUCUACAGCCAAAGGGGAAGGCACUAUGUGGUCCCACACCAACGCAGAGUAUGUCACCACCACAAUUUCACAUCGGAGGGCCACGGCAACCAGGGUGACGGAGUUACCCCAGGGCACAGUAACAAACACAAGCUCUGCACCUCCAGACACGGCGCAGACCAGCGUGGAAACGGCCGAGUCUCCACCAGAAUCCCCUCCACCGCCCUCAGCUAGACCACAACCAACUACGACAAGCAGUGCGAUCAAGAACAUCUUCACUGUCACAGAAGAACAUCAGACCUCAGAGGAGGCCUCUCCAUCCACCACCACUCCUGGCCCAUCCUCAACUAAGAGCGCACUAUCUGGAAAACUAAAACACACGAUGAGUUCUCUGGGAACGUCCGAGGUCGAAUCUUCCAACCCUCCUACAUCUCUCAACACGGGGGCACCCAGUACCUCGUCAGCUGGUUCUAGGGUCUCGGGCCACACCAACACCCAGCGAGGAAACAUGCACACAUUACGGACAAACUAUCUGCCCAUCACCAGCCAACAUCCAAGGAACGAAGCCUGGGAAGAGACCAGCCGAAAAAUUACCAUGGCCACUCACACUGCACCCACGAGGCAUGGUUCCAAAGACGCUGCAGAGAUCACUGACUACAGCACCAAACCCGAACCCCAAGGACACUCCCUGGCCUCCCCAAGGUCAACGACAGCACCAGAAACCACUGAACACCAGGAAGUCAUCACUAGGUCCCAGACACAUUCACCCUCACCAAAGACCCCUCAGAGGAGCACUUCCACUCACCACCCAGAACCUGAGACAACCACACCUGUGACGGCGGGCAGCCCUGCAGGAACUCCAAAGGUGCCCGAACAGAGCAUUUCAGGGGUCCUGCCCUCAGCAAAACAAUCCACUCCAUCCUCGCCUGGUUCUACGGUCCAUGAAGAGGACACUCCGGAAUCCAGAACCAACAAACAGGCUAUCACGAGCCCCUUUCCCACCUCGACUGCCAGUGGGACGGUGAUUUCCAAUGACACACAGGGCAUAGGACCUGAACCAACCUCUGCCCCUCCACACACAGCCCUCUCCAGCCAGGACACCACCAGGUCUCCACCAGAAUCCUUUUCCUCACCCUCUGCUCCCUCACAAGCAACCAUGGCCACCAAUGCUCUCAAGAACCACUCCACUACCAAACACACACUUCCACACUCACAGAGGGACACUCCUCCCGCCACCUCUUCUGGAACGCAGGGCCCCAAAAGCAACCUCUCAUGGACACAGAGCAGGCCUGCGGGUUCUCAGGGGACAUCCCAUAGCGUCUCCUCCCUUCCUCCUACAGCUCUCCACAGUGGGACAACCAGGUCCUCCACAACGAGCUCUUCGACCUCAAUCCUCACCACCACCCUGCCAGGAACCACACAGGCAUGGAGGACAGGCUCUCUGCCCAUCACCAGCCCACACACCAGGACCAAUGCACAGGAUCACAACAGCCUGGCCACUUUCCAGGCUGCUCCCUCUCCACACACAACUCAUGUGUCCACGGACACUGCGGUGACACCUGCAGGAACCAACACACCGGGAACCCAGGCACACUCCUCUGCCUCUCCACACUCACUUCAUUCACAGGAGACCACAGCACAGUGGACAGUCAGCCCUGGGCCACAGACAUUACCACACUCACACUCCACCCUUCUGGGGAGCACUUCCAUUCACACUCCAUUAUCUCCAAGAAACCCACCUUUGCAGGAAAGCAGCCCUGCAGAAUCCACAAAAGUGACACUGGUCAGUGCCUCCAAGACCCCUGGAGCCUCCUCCCGAGGAGAAUCCACUCCCCCCUGCCCUGGGACUGCAGCCCCCAUGUUCCUCACCACUGAGGACGAUGUCCCUACCUUCCCCAACACAGACCCACAAGCUGUCAGCCAGGCAGUCUCCACUGGGGCUGCCAGUAAGACCAUCAUGCAGGAGGUGUCCAAGGACCUCACACCAAACACAAGCUCUGCACCUCCACAGAGCGCAAUAACUGGCUUGGAAACUACCAGGUCUCAACCACAAUCCCUUCCAUCACCCUCCGCUGGCUCACAACCCACCAUGACCACCAUGGAAUCCAAGAUCCUUUCCACUGUCACAAACUCUCUUGCACACUCAGAGAAGGCCACCACUUCCAGCAGAACUUCUGGUCCAGUGCCACCUGAAAGCACCCUUUGUGAGAAUCCAAGACACCCUGUAAGUUCUCUGGGGACGUCCUCUGAUGGAUCAUCCCCUCCUAUUACACCUCUCAACACUGGGUCACCCAGAACCUCCUCACCAGAACCUAGGUUCUCAGACCUCACCACCCCCCAGCCAGGAAUCAUGCAGACAUCGAGGACAAGCUCUCCACCCAUCUCCAGCCUGCUUGUGAGGACCACCACCCAGGCACAGAAGACCCUGGACACUGACCUGACCACUCACACUCCACCAACAAGUCAAGUUUCCACAGAAGAGGCAAUGGCCAGUGAAGUGACCACAUCUGGACCCCAAGAACAGUCCCCUGCCUCCACAGGGUCACAUCCUUCACUCAAAAGCCCUACACAGUGGGAAUUCAUCACUGGGUCCCAGAUGCCUUCACGCUCAGCAAACACCCCUCUGAGGAGCAUUUCCUCUCACCCUCCAACACCUGACAGAACCUCACCUGUGAUGACAAGCAGACCCCAAGGACCUCCAAAGGUCCCUCAAACCAGCGUUUCAUGGGAACAUACUGCUUCAACCCCAGAAAGAUCCAGUCCCUACUCACCUGAUUCUACAGUCCAUAAAGAAGACACUACAGAAUCCAGCACCAACACACAGUCUCUCACCAGCCCCCUUCCCACUUGGACUGGCAGUGGGACCUUGAUUUCUAAUGACACACAGGGCAUAGGACCUGAACCAACCUCUGCCCCUCCACACACAGCCCUCUCCAGCCAGGACACCACCAGGUCUCCACCAGAAUCCUUUUCCUCACCCUCUGCUCCCUCACAACCAACCACGGCCACCAAUGCUCUCAAGGACCACUCCACUACCAAACACACACUUCCACACUCACAGAGGGACACUCCUCCCACCUCCUCCUCCGGAACUCUGUCCCCCAAAAGCAACCUCUCAAGGACACAGAGCAGGCCUCCUGGUUCUCAGGGGACAUCCCAUAGCGUCUCCUCCCCUCCUCCUACAGCUCUCCACAGUGGGACACCCAGGUCCUCCACAACGAGCUCUUCGACCUCAGUCCUCACCACAGUUCUGCCAGGAACCACACAGGCAUGGAGGACAGGCUCCCCGCCCACCACCAGCCCACACACCAGGACCACUGCCCAGGAUCACAACAGCCUGGCCACUUCCCGGGAUGCUCCCACUCCACACACAACUCAUGUGUCCACGAACACUGCGGUGACACCUGUAGGUGCCACCACAACGGCAACCCAAGCACACUCCUCUGCCUCUCCACACUCACUUCAUUCACAGGAGACCACAGUACAGUGGACAGUCAGCCCAGGGCCACAGAAGUUUCCUCACUCACACUCCACCCUUCUGGGGAGCACUUCCUCUCACACUCCAUUAUCUCCAAGAAACCCACCUUUGCAGGAAAGCAGCCCUGCAGAAUCCACAAAGGUGACCCUGGUCAGUUCCUCCAAGACCCUUGGAUCCUCCUCCCCAAAACCAUCCACUCCCCACUGGCCUGGGACUCCAGCCCCCAUCUUCCUCACCACUGAAGACGAUAUUUCUACAUCGUCACGAGGUCGAGAAGCAUCCACUCCUUCCUCACCUGGGUCUCCAGCCCCCAUGUUCCUCACCACUGAGGACGAUAUCCCUACCUUCCCCAACACAGUCCCACAAGCUGUCAGCCAGGCAGUCUCCACUGGGACUGGCAGUAGGACCAUCAUGCAGGAGGUGUCCAAGGACCUCACACCAAACACAAGCUCCUCACUUCCACAGAGGGCAAUAACCAGCGUGGAAACCACCAGGUCUCAAUCACAAUCCCUUCCAUCACCCUCCUCUGGGUCACAACCCACCAUGAACACCACGGCAUCCAAGAUCCUUUCCACUGUCACAAACUCUCUUGCACCCUCAGAGAAGGCCACCACUUCCAGCAGAACUUCUGGUCCAGUGCCACCUGAAAGCACCCUUUUGGAGAAUCCAAGACACCCUGUAAGUUCUCUGGGGACGUCCUCUGUUGGAUCAUCCCCUCCUAUUACACCUCUCAACACUGGGUCACCCAGAACCUCCUCACCAGGACCUAGGUUCUCAGACCUCACCACCCCCCAGCCAGGAAUCAUGCAGACAUCGAGGACAAGCUCUCCACCCAUCUCCAGCCUCCAUGUGAGGACCACCACCCAGGAACAGAAGACCCUGGACACUAUCCUGACCACUCACACUCCACCAACAAGUCAAGUUUCCACAGAAGAGGCAGUGACCAGUGAAGUGACCACAUCUGGACCCCAAGAACAGUCCCCUGCCUCCACAGGGUCACAUCCUUCACUCAAAAGCCCUACACAGUGGGAAUUCAGCACUGGGUCCCAGAUGCCUUCAGGCUCAGCAAACACCCCUCUGAGGAGCAUUUCCUCUCACCCUCCAACAACUGAGAGAACCUCACCUGUGAUGACAAGCAGACCCCAAGGACCUCCAAAGGUCCCUCAAACCAGUAUUUCAUGGGCACAUCCUGCUUCAACCCCAGAAGGACCCAGUCCCUAUUCAUCUGGUUCCACAGUCCAUAAAGAAGACACUACACUAUCCAGCACCAACACACAGUCUCUCACCAGCCCCCUUCCCACUUGGAGUGGCGGUUGGACAGUGAUUUCUAAUGACACACAGGGCAUACGACCAGAACCAACCUCUGCCCCUCCACACACAGCCCUCUCCAGCCAGGAAACCACCAAGUCUCCACCAGAAUCCUUUUCCUCCCCCUCUGCUCCCUCACAACCAACCAUGUCCACCAAUGCUCUCAAGAACCACUCCACUACCAAACACACACUUCCACACUCACAGAGGGACACUCCUCCCACCUCCUCUUCCGGAACUCUGUCCCCCAAAAGCAACCUCCUCUCAGGGACACAGAGCAGGCCUGAGGGUUCUCAAGGGACAUCCAAUAGUGUCUCCUCCCCUCCUCCUAUAGCUCCCCAAACUGGGACAACCAGGUCCUCCACAAUGAUUUCUUCGACCUCAGUCCUCACCACAGUUCUGCCAGGAACCACACAGGUAUGGAGGACAGGCUACCUACCCAUCACCAGCCCACAUCCCAGUACCUCUGCCCAGGAUCAUGACAGCCUGGCCACUUCCUGGGAGACUCCCACUCCACACACAACUCAUGUGUCCACGAACACUGUGGUGACACCUGCAGCAACCAACACACUGGGAACCCAGGCACACUCCUCUGCCUCUCCACACUCACUUCCUGCACAGGAGACUGCUGCACAGUGGACAGUCAGCCCUGGGCCACAGACGAUUCCUCAAACACACUCCACCCUUCUGGGGAGCACCUCCUCUCACACUCCAUUAUCUCCAAGAAACCCACCUUUGCAGGAAAGCAGCCCUGCAGAAUCCACAAAGGUGACCCUGCUCAGUGCCUCCAAGACCCCUGGAGCCUCCUCCCCAAAACCAUCCACUCCCCACUGGCCUGGGUCUCCAGCCCUUUUGUUCCUCACCAGUGAGGAUGGGAUCUCUCCAUUGUCGGGAAGCCCAGAAGCAUCCACUCCCUACCCACCUGGGUCUCCAACACCCAUCUUCCUCACCACUGGGAACCAUGACCACACCUUCUCCAACACAGGCACACAGCCUGUCAGCCAGGCAGUCUCCACUGGGACUGGCAGUAGGACCAUCAUCAUGGAGGUGUCAAGAGACCUCACUCCCAACACAAGCUCUACACCUCCACAGAGCACUCUGAUCAGUGUGGAAACCACCAGGUCUCAACCACAAUCCCUGACUUCACCCUCCGCUGGGUCACAACCCACCAUGACCAAGGUGGCAUCUGAGAACCUUUCAAGUCUCUCAACGUCUCUUGCACCCUCAGAGAAGGCCACCUUUUCCAGCCACUCUUCUGGCUCAGUGCCACCUCAGAGCACCCAGUCUGUGAAUCAAAGACAAUCUGUGUUUUCUCUGGGGACAUCCCAUGUCAACACAGGGUCGCCUAGGACCUCCUCAGCAGGUCCUGGGUUCCCAGACCUCACCACCACUCAGCCAGGAAUCAUGCAGGCAUCGAGGACAAGCUCACUACCCAUCACCAGCCCGCAGGCCAGGACCACUGCCCAGGCACAGAAGACCCUGGACACUGACCGGACCACUAACACUACAACAACACGUCAUGGUUCCACAGAUGGGGAAGUGACUGGUGAAGUGACCACAUCUGGAUCCCAAGAACAGUCCCCUGCCUUCAUAGGGUCACAUCCAUCACUCAAAACCACUGCACAUCAGGUAAUCUCCACUGGUUCCCAGAGGCUUUCAACCUCACCAAAGAUGCCUCUGAGGAGGUCUUCCACUCACCCUCCAACAACUGAGAGAACCUCACCCGAGACGGCCAGCAGCCCUCAAACCAGCGCUUCAGGGGCACCUCCGGCUUCAGCCCAAGGUGGAUCCACUGCCUCCUUGACUCGUUCUACACUCCAUGAAGAGAACACUGUGGAACUCAGCACCAACACACAGUCACUCACCAGCCCCCUUCCCACGUGGACUGGCAGUGGGACGGUGAUUUCUAAUGACACACAGGGCAUAGGACCUGAACCAACCUCUGCCCCUCCACACACAGCCCUCUCCAGCCAGGACACCACCAGGUCUCCACCGGAAUCCUUUUCCUCACCCUCUGCUCCCUCACAAGCAACCAUGGCCACCAAUGCUCUCAAGAACCACUCCACUACCAAACACACACUUCCACACUCACAGAGGGACACUCCUCCCACCUCCUCUUCUGGAAAUCUGGCCCCCAAAAGCAACCUCUCAUGGACACAGAGCAGGCCUGCGGGUUCCCAGGGGACAUCCCAUAGCGUCUCCUCCCCUCUUCCUACAGCUCUCCACAGUGGGACACCCUGGUCCUCCACAAUGAUGUCUUCAACCUCAGUCCUCACCACAAUCCUGCCAAGAACCACACAGGCAUGGAGGGCAGGGUCUCCGCCCGUCACCAGCCCGCACACAAGGACCACUGCCCAGGAUCACAACAGCCUGGCCACUUCCCGGGAUGCUCCCACUCCACACACAACUCAUGUGUCCACAAAUACUGCGGUGACAUAUGUAGGUGCCACCACAAUGGCAACCCAGGCACACUCCUCUGCCUCUUCACACUCACUUCCUUCACAGGAGACUGCUGCACAGUGGACAGUCAGCCCUGGGCCACAGAAGUUUCCACACUCACACUCCACCCUUCUGGGGAGCACUUCCACUCACACUCCAUUAUCUCCAAGAUACCCACCUUUGCAAGAAAGCAGACCUGCAGAAUCCACAAAGGUGACCCUGGUCAGUGUCUCCAAGACCCCUGGAGCCUCCUCCCCAAAACCAUCCACUCCCUCCUGGCCUGGGACUCUAGACCCCAUCUUCUUCACCACUGAAGACGAUAUUUCUACAUCGUUACGAGGUCGAGAAGCAUCCACUCCUUCCUCACCUGGGUCUCCAGCCCCCAUGUUCCUCACCACUGAGGACGAUGUCCCUACCUUCCCCAACACAGUCCCACAAGCUGUCAGCCAGGCAGUGUCCACUGGGACUGGCAGUAGGACCAUCAUGCAGGAGGUGUCCAAGGACCUCACACCAAACACAAGCUCUGCACCUCCACAGAGGGCAAUAACCAGCGUAGAAACCACCAGGUCUCAACCACAAUCCCUUCCAUCACCAUCCUCUGGGUCACAACCCACCAUGAACACCACGGCAUCCAAGAUCCUUUCCAAUGUCACAAAAUCUCUUGCACCCUCAGAGAAGGCCACCACUUCCAGCAGAACUUCUGGUCCAGUGCCACCUGAAAGCACCCUUUCUGAGAAUCCAAGACACCCUGUAAGUUCUCUGGGGACUUCCCCUGUUGGAUCAUCCCCUCCUAUUACACCUCUCAACACUGGGUCACCCAGAACCUCCUCACCAGAACCUAGGUUCUCAGACCUCACAACCCCCCAGCCAGGAAUCAUGCAGACAUCGAGGACAAGCUCUCCACCCAUCUCCAGCCUGCAUGUGAGGACCACCACCCAGGAACAGAAGACCCUGGACACUAACCUGACCACUCACACUCCACCAACAAGUCAAUUUUCCACAGAAGAGGCAGUGACCAGUGAACAGACCACAUCGGGACCCCAAGAACAGUCCCCUGCCUCCACAGGGUCACGUCCUUCACUCAAAAGCCCUACACAGUGGGAAUUCAGCACUGGGUCCCAGAUGCCUUCUCGCUCAACAAACACCCCUUUGAGGACCAUUUCUUCUCCCCCUCCAACACCUGAGAGAACCUCACCUGUGAUGACAAGCAGACCCCAAGGACCUCCAAAGGUCCCUCAAACCAGCGUUCCAUGGGAACAUCCUGCUUCAACCCCAGAAAGAUCCCGUCCCUACUCACCUGAUUCUACAGUCCAUGAAGAAGACACUACAGAAUCCAGCACCAACACACAGUCUCUCACCAGCCCCCUUCCCACGUGGACUGGCAGUGGGACCUUGAUUUCUAAUGACACACAGGGCAUAGGACCUGAACCAACCUCUGCCCCUCCACACACAGCCCUCUCCAGCCAGGAAACCACCAGGUCUCCACCAGAAUCCUUUUCCUCACCCUCUACUCCCUCACAACCAAACAUGGCCACCAAUGCUCUCAAGAACCACUCCACUACCAAACACACACUUCCACACUCACAGAGGGACACUCCUCCCACCAUGUCUUCUGGAACUCUGUCCCCCAAAAACAACCUCUCAGGGUCACAGAGCAGGCGUGCAGGUUCUCAAGGGACAUCCAAUAGCGUCUCCUCCCCUCCUCUUACACCUCUCCACACUGGGACAACCAGGUCCUCCACAAUGAGCUCUUUGACCUCAUUCCUCACAACAGUUCUGCCAAGAACCACACAGGCAUGGAGGACAGGCUAUCUGCCCAUCACCAGCCCACACAUGAGCACCACUGCCCAGGAUCACGACAGCCUGGCCACUUCCCGGACUAUUCCCACUCCACACAGAACUCAUGUGUCCACGGACACUGUGGUGACCCCGGCAAGUACCAACACACCGGGAACCCAGGCACACUCCUCUGCCUCUACACACUCACUUCCUUCACAGGAGACUGCUGCACAGUGGACACUCAGCCCUGGGCCACAGACAUUUCUACACUCACACUCCACCAUUCUUGGGAGCACGUCCACUCAUACUCCAUUAUCUCCAAGAAACCCACCUUUGCAAGAAAGCAGCCCUGCAGAAUCCACAAAGGUGACCCUGGUCAGUGCCUCCAAGACCCCUGGAGCCUCCUCCCCAAAACCAUCCACUCCCCACUGGCCUGGGACUCCAGCCCCCAUCUUCCUCACCACUGAAGACGAUAUUUCUACAUCGUCACGAGGUCGAGAAGCAUCCACUCCUUCCUCACCUGGGACUGCAGCCCCCAUGUUCCUCACCACUGAGGACGAUGUCCCUACCUUCCCCAACACAGUCCCACAAGCUGUCAGCCAGGCAGUGUCCACUGGGACUGGCAGUAGGACCAUCAUGCAGGAGGUGUCCAAGGACCUCACACCAAACACAAGCUCUGCACCUCCACAGAGGGCAAUAACCAGCGUAGAAACCACCAGGUCUCAACCACAAUCAUUUCCAUCACCCUCCACUGGGUCACAACCAACCAUGACCACCACGGCAUCCAAGAUCCUUUCCACUGUCACAAAGUCUCUUGCAACCUCAGAGAAGGCCACCACUUCCAGCAGAACUUCUGGUCUAGUGCCACCUGAAAGCACCCUUUGUGAGAAUCCAAGACACCCUGUAAGUUCUCUGGGGACGUCCUCUGUUGGAUCAUCCCCUCCUAUUACACCUCUCAACACUGGGUCACCCAGAACCUCCUCACCAGAACCUAGGUUCUCAGACCUCACCACCCCCCAGCCAGGAAUCAUGCAGACAUCGAGGACAAGCUCUCCACCCAUCUCCAGCCUCCAUGUGAGGACCACCACCCAGGCACAGAAGACCCUGGACACUGACCUGACCACUCACACUCCACCAACAAGUCAAGUUUCCACAGAAGAGGCAAUGGCCAGUGAAGUGACCACAUCUGGACCCCAAGAACAGUCCCCUGCCUCCACAGGGUCACAUCCUUCACUCAAAAGCCCUACACAGUGGGAAUUCAGCACUGGGUCCCAGAUGCCUUCACGCUCAGCAAACACCCCUCUGAGGAGCAUUUCCUCUCACCCUCCAACACCUGACAGAACCUCACCUGUGAUGACAAGCAGACCCCAAGGACCUCCAAAGGUCCCUCAAACCAGCGUUUCAUGGGAACAUACUGCUUCAACCCCAGAAAGAUCCAGUCCCUACUCACCUGAUUCUACAGUCCAUAAAGAAGACACUACAGAAUCCAGCACCAACACACAGUCUCUCACCAGCGCCCUUCCCACUUGGACUGGCAGUGGGACCUUGAUUUCUAAUGACACACAGGGCAUAGGACCUGAACCAACCUCUGCCCCUCCACACACAGCCCUCUCCAGCCAGGACACCACCAGGUCUCCACCAGAAUCCUUUUCCUCACCCUCUGCUCCCUCACAACCAACCACGGCCACCAAUGCUCUCAAGGACCACUCCACUACCAAACACACACUUCCACACUCACAGAGGGACACUCCUCCCACCUCCUCCUCCGGAACUCUGUCCCCCAAAAGCAACCUCUCAGGGACACAGAGCAGGCCUUCUGGUUCUCAGGGGACAUCCCAUAGCGUCUCCUCCCCUCCUCCUACAGCUCUCCACAGUGGGACACCCAGGUCCUCCACAACGAGCUCUUCGACCUCAGUCCUCACCACAGUUCUGCCAGGAACCACACAGGCAUGGAGGACAGGCUCCCCGCCCACCACCAGCCCACACACCAGGACCACUGCCCAGGAUCACAACAGCCUGGCCACUUCCCGGGAUGCUCCCACUCCACACACAACUCAUGUGUCCACGAACACUGUGGUGACACCUGUAGGUGCCACCACAACGGCAACACAGGCACACUCCUCUGCCUCUUCACACUCACUUCCUUCACAGGAGACUGCUGCACAGUGGACAGUCAGCCCUGGGCCACAGAAGUUUCCACACUCACACUCCACCCUUCUGGGGAGCACUUCCACUCACACUCCAUUAUCUCCAAGAUACCCACCUUUGCAAGAAAGCAGACCUGCAGAAUCCACAAAGGUGACCCUGGUCAGUGUCUCCAAGACCCCUGGAGCCUCCUCCCCAAAACCAUCCACUCCCUCCUGGCCUGGGACUCUAGACCCCAUCUUCUUCACCACUGAAGACGAUAUUUCUACGUCGUUACGAGGUCGAGAAGCAUCCACUCCUUCCUCACCUGGGUCUCCAGCCCCCAUGUUCCUCACCACUGAGGACGAUGUCCCUACCUUCCCCAACACAGUCCCACAAGCUGUCAGCCAGGCAGUGUCCACUGGGACUGGCAGUAGGACCAUCAUGCAGGAGGUGUCCAAGGACCUCACACCAAACACAAGCUCUGCACCUCCACAGAGGGCAAUAACCAGCGUAGAAACCACCAGGUCUCAACCACAAUCCCUUCCAUCACCCUCCUCUGGGUCACAACCCACCAUGAACACCACGGCAUCCAAGAUCCUUUCCAAUGUCACAAACUCUCUUGCACCCUCAGAGAAGGCCACCACUUCCAGCAGAACUUCUGGUCUAGUGCCACCUGAAAGCACCCUUUCUGAGAAUCCAAGACACCCUGUAAGUUCUCUGGGGACUUCCCCUGUUGGAUCAUCCCCUCCUAUUACACCUCUCAACACUGGGUCACCCAGAACCUCCUCACCAGAACCUAGGUUCUCAGACCUCACCACCCCCCAGCCAGGAAUCAUGCAGACAUCGAGGACAAGCUCUCCACCCAUCUCCAGCCUGCAUGUGAGGACCACCACCCAGGAACAGAAGACCCUGGACACUAACCUGACCACUCACACUCCACCAACAAGUCAAUUUUCCACAGAAGAGGCAGUGACCAGUGAACAGACCACAUCUGGACCCCAAGAACAGUCCCCUGCCUCCACAGGGUCACGUCCUUCACUCAAAAGCCCUACACAGUGGGAAUUCAGCACUGGGUCCCAGAUGCCUUCACGCUCAACAAACACCCCUCUGAGGAGCAUUUCCUCUCCCCCUCCAACACCUGAGAGAACCUCACCUGUGAUGACAAGCAGACCCCAAGGACCUCCAAAGGUCCCUCAAACCAGCGUUCCAUGGGAACAUCCUGCUUCAACCCCAGAAAGAUCCCGUCCCUACUCACCUGAUUCUACAGUCCAUGAAGAAGACACUACAGAAUCCAGCACCAACACACAGUCUCUCACCAGCCCCCUUCCCACGUGGACUGGCAGUGGGACCUUGAUUUCUAAUGACACACAGGGCAUAGGACCUGAACCAACCUCUGCCUCUCCACACACAGCCCUCUCCAGCCAGGACACCACCAGGUCUCCACCAGAAUCCUUUUCCUCACCCUCUGCUCCCUCACAACCAACCAUGGCCACCAAUGCUCUCAAGAACCACUCCACUACCAAACACACACUUCCACACUCACAGAGGGACACUCCUCCCACCAUGUCUUCUGGAACUCUGUCCCCCAAAAACAACCUCUCAGGGUCACAGAGCAGGCCUCCGGGUCCUCAAGGGACAUCCAAUAGUGUCUCCUCCCCUCCUCCUACACCUCUCCACACUGGGACAACCAGGUCCUCCACAAUGAGCUCUUCGACCUCAUUCCUCACAACAGUUCUGCCAAGAACCACACAGGCAUGGAGGACAGGCUAUCUGCCCAUCACCAGCCCACACAUGAGCACCACUGCCCAGGAUCACGACAGCCUGGCCACUUCCCGGACUAUUCCCACUCCACACAGAACUCAUGUGUCCACGGACACUGUGGUGACCCCGGCAAGUACCAACACACCGGGAACCCAGGCACACUCCUCUGCCUCUACACACUCACUUCCUUCACAGGAGACUGCUGCACAGUGGACACUCAGCCCUGGGCCACAGAAGUUUCCACACUCACACUCCACCCUUCUGGGGAGCACUUCCACUCACACUCCAUUAUCUCCAAGAAACCCACCUUUGCAAGAAAGCAGCCCUGCAGAAUCCACAAAGGUGACCCUGGUCAGUGUCUCCAAGACCCCUGGAGCCUCCUCCUCAAAACCAUCCACUCCCUCCUGGCCUGGGACUCUAGACCCCAUCUUCUUCACCACUGAAGACGAUAUUUCUACGUCGUUACGAGGUCGAGAAGCAUCCACUCCUUCCUCACCUGGGUCUCCAGCCCCCAUGUUCCUCACCACUGAGGACGAUGUCCCUACCUUCCCCAACACAGUCCCACAAGCUGUCAGCCAGGCAGUCUCCACUGGGACUGGAAGUAGGACCAUCAUGCAGGAGGUGUCCAAGGACCUCACACCAAACACAAGCUCUGCACCUCCACAGAGGGCAAUAACCAGCGUAGAAACCACCAGGUCUCAACCACAAUCCCUUCCAUCACCCUCCUCUGGGUCACAACCCACCAUGAACACCACGGCAUCCAAGAUCCUUUCCAAUGUCACAAACUCUCUUGCACCCUCAGAGAAGGCCACCACUUCCAGCAGAACUUCUGGUCUAGUGCCACCUGAAAGCACCCUUUCUGAGAAUCCAAGACACCCUGUAAGUUCUCUGGGGACUUCCCCUGUUGGAUCAUCCCCUCCUAUUACACCUCUCAACACUGGGUCACCCAGAACCUCCUCACCAGAACCUAGGUUCUCAGACCUCACCACCCCCCAGCCAGGAAUCAUGCAGACAUCGAGGACAAGCUCUCCACCCAUCUCCAGCCUGCAUGUGAGGACCACCACCCGGGUACAGAAGACCCUGGACACUGACCUGACCACUCACACUCCACCAACAAGUCAAGUUUCCACAGAAGAGGCAAUGGCCAGUGAAGUGACCACAUCUGGACCCCAAGAACAGUCCCCUGCCUCCACAGGGUCACAUCCUUCACUCAAAAGCCCUACACAGUGGGAAUUCAGCACUGGGUCCCAGAUGCCUUCACGCUCAACAAACACCCCUCUGAGGAGCAUUUCCUCUCACCCUCCAACACCUGAGAGAACCUCACCUGUGAUGACAAGCAGACCCCAAGGACCUCCAAAGGUCCCUCAAACCAGCGUUCCAUGGGAACAUCCUGCUUCAACCCCAGAAAGAUCACGUCCCUACUCACCUGAUUCUACAGUCCAUGAAGAAGACACUACAGAAUCCAGCACCAACACACAGUCUCUCACCAGCCCCCUUCCCACCUGGACUGGCGGUUGGACAGUGAUUUCUAAUGACACACAGGGCAUAGGACCUGAACCAACCUCUGCCACUCCACACACAGCCCUCUCCAGCCAGGACACCACCAGGUCUCCACCAGAAUCCUUUUCCUCACCCUCUGCUCCCUCACAACCAACCAUGGCCACCAAUGCUCUCAAGAACCACUCCACUACCAAACACACACUUCCACACUCACAGAGGGACACUCCUCCCACCUCCUCCUCCGGAACUCUGUCCCCCAAAAGCAACCUCCUCUCAGGGACACAGAGCAGGCCUGAGGGUUCUCAAGGGACAUCCAAUAGUGUCUCCUCCCCUCCUCCUACAGCUCCCCAAACUGGGACAACCAGGUCCUCCACAAUGAUUUCUUCGACCUCAGUCCUCACCACAGUUCUGCCAGGAACCACACAGGCAUGGAUGACAGGCUACCUACCCAUCACCAGCCCACAUUCCAAUACCUCUGCCCAGGAUCAUGACAGCCUGGCCACUUCCUGGGAGGCUCCCACUCCACACACAACUCAUGUGUCCACGAACACUGUGGUGACACCUGCAGCAACCAACACACUGGGAACCCAGGCACACUCCUCUGCCUCUCCACACUCACUUCAUUCACAGGAGACUGCUGCACAGUGGACAGUCAGCCCUGGGCCACAGACGAUUUCUCACUCGCACUCCACCCUUCUGGGGAGCACCUCCUCUCACACUCCAUUAUCUCCAAAAAACCCACCUUUGCAGGAAAGCAGCCCUGCAGAAUCCACAAAGGUGACCCUGCUCAGUGCCUCCAAGACCCCUGGAGCCUCCUCCCCAAAACCAUCCACUCCCCACUGGCCUGGGUCUCCAGCCCUUUUGUUCCUCACCAGUGAGGAUGGGAUCUCUCCAUUGUCGGGAAGCCCAGAAGCAUCCACUCCCUACCCACCUGGGUCUCCAACACCCAUCUUCCUCACCACUGGGAACCAUGACCACACCUUCUCCAACACAGGCACACAGCCUGUCAGCCAGGCAGUCUCCACUGGGACUGGCAGUAGGACCAUCAUCAUGGAGGUGUCAAGGGACCUCACUCCCAACACAAGCUCUACACCUCCACAGAGCACUCUGAUCAGUGUGGAAACCACCAGGUCUCAACCACAAUCCCUGACUUCACCCUCCGCUGGGUCACAACCCACCAUGACCACGGUGGCAUCUGAGAACCUUUCAAGUCUCUCAUCGUCUCUUGCACCCUCAGAGAAGGCCACCUUUUCCAGCCACUCUUCUGGCUCAGUGCCACCUCAGAGCACCCAGUCUGUGAAUCAAAGACAAUCUGUGUUUUCUCUGGGGACAUCCCAUGUCAACACAGGGUCGCCUAGGACCUCCUCAGCAGGUCCUGGGUUCCCAGACCUCACCACCACUCAGCCAGGAAUCAUGCAGGCAUCGAGGACAAGCUCACUACCCAUCACCAGCCCGCAGGCCAGGACCACUGCCCAGGCACAGAAGACCCUGGACACUGACCGGACCACUAACACUACAACAACACGUCAUGGUUCCACAGAUGGGGAAGUGACUGGUGAAGUGACCACAUCUGGAUCCCAAGAACAGUCCCCUGCCUUCAUAGGGUCACGUCCAUCACUCAAAACCACUGCACAUCAGGUAAUCUCCACUGGUUCCCAGAGGCUUUCAACCUCACCAAAGAUGCCUCUGAGGAGGUCUUCCACUCACCCUCCAACAACUGAGAGAACCUCACCCGAGACGGCCAGCAGCCCUCAAACCAGCGCUUCAGGGGUACCUCCGGUUUCAGCCCAAGGUGGAUCCACUGCCUCCUUGACUCGUUCUAGACUCCAUGAAGAGAACACUGUGGAACUCAGCACCAACACACAGUCUCUCACCAGCCCCCUUCCCACGUGGAUUGGCAGUGGGACGGUGAUUUCUAAUGACACACAGGGCAUACGACCUGAACCAACCUCUGCCCCUCCAAACUCAGCCCUCUCCAGCCAGGAAACCACCAGGUCUCCACCACAAUCCUUUUCCUCACCCUCUGCUCCCUCACAAGCAACCGUGUCCACUAAUGCUUUCAAGAACCACUCCACUACCAAACACACACUUCCACACUCACAGAGGGACACUCCUCCCACCUCCUCUUCUGGAAAUCUGGCCCCCAAAAGCAACCUCUCAUGGAGACAGAGCAGGCCUGCGGGUUCCCAGGGGACAUCCCAUAGCGUCUCCUCCCCUCUUCCUACAGCUCUCCACAUUGGGACACCCUGGUCCUCCACAAUGAUGUCUUCAAACUCAGUCCUCACCACAAUCCUGCCAAGAACCACACAGGCAUGGAGGGCAGGGUCUCCGCCCGUCACCAGCCCACACACAAGGACCACUGCCCAGGAUCACAACAGCCUGGCCACUUCCCGGGAUGCUCCCACUCCACACACAACUCAUGUGUCCACAAAUACUGCGGUGACAUAUGUAGGUGCCACCACAACGGCAACCCAGGCACACUCCUCUGCCUCUUCACACUCACUUCCUUCACAGGAGACUGCUGCACAGUGGACACUCAGCCCUGGGCCACAGAAGUUUCCACACUCACACUCCACCCUUCUGGGGAGCACUUCCACUCACACUCCAUUAUCUCCAAGAAACCCACCUUUGCAGGAAAGCAGCCCUGCAGAAUCCACAAAGGUGACCCUGGUCAGUGUCUCCAAGACCCCUGGAGCCUCCUCCCCAAAACCAUCCACUCCCUCCUGGCCUGGGACUCUAGACCCCAUCUUCUUCACCACUGAAGACGAUAUUUCUACGUCGUUACGAGGUCGAGAAGCAUCCACUCCUUCCUCACCUGGGUCUCCAGCCCCCAUGUUCCUCACCACUGAGGACGAUGUCCCUACCUUCCCCAACACAGUCCCACAAGCUGUCAGCCAGGCAGUGUCCACUGGGACUGGCAGUAGGACCAUCAUGCAGGAGGUGUCCAAGGACCUCACACCAAACACAAGCUCUGCACCUCCACAGAGGGCAAUAACCAGCGUAGAAACCACCAGGUCUCAACCACAAUCCCUUCCAUCACCCUCCUCUGGGUCACAACCCACCAUGAACACCACGGCAUCCAAGAUCCUUUCCAAUGUCACAAACUCUCUUGCACCCUCAGAGAAGGCCACCACUUCCAGCAGAACUUCUGGUCUAGUGCCACCUGAAAGCACCCUUUCUGAGAAUCCAAGACACCCUGUAAGUUCUCUGGGGACUUCCCCUGUUGGAUCAUCCCCUCCUAUUACACCUCUCAACACUGGGUCACCCAGAACCUCCUCACCAGGACCUAGGUUCUCAGACCUCACCACCCCCCAGCCAGGAAUCAUGCAGACAUCGAGGACAAGCUCUCCACCCAUCUCCAGCCUCCAUGUGAGGACCACCACCCAGGAACAGAAGACCCUGGACACUGACCUGACCACUCACACUCCACCAACAAGUCAAUUUUCCACAGAAGAGGCAGUGACCAGUGAACAGACC